UCCUGGCGAUAGUGGAACAGAAGCAUAUGAGUGUUCUAGCAUGUCCCCAGCGCUUGGAUCCCUGUCGUAUUUAAGGGACAACUUCCUGUCCGGGCAGAGCUGACAUGAACAUCUUUGCUAAAGUCUCAGGAUUAGCCCAACAAACCAGCAAGCUGGGGUCUGUGCUCCAACGUGCCUUCUACGGGUCCAGUGGCAAGGUGACCCUGUUUGAACAGAGGAACUUUGCCGGCCGGCGCCUGGAUCUGAGUUCUGACUGCCAGAAACUGAGCGAGAGGAACUUCCCAGAGAGAUGCAACUCUGUGCAGGUGGAGAGUGGAGCAUGGGUGGGCUACGAACAGGACAGCUUCCGGGGUCGUCAGUACCUGUGGGACAUGAACGACAGGGGCGAGUACAACUGCUAUGACAAGUGGUGCGCUCAGAUGGACCAUAUCGCUUCUGUCCGUGCUGUGAAGCAGGACACCAACCCUCCCAAGGCCCAGCUGUUUGAGAGAGCCAGCUUCUCUGGUAGGAGGACGGACAUCCAAGACGACAUCCCCAACCUCAUGACCCGACACAGCCUCAACAGAGCUGCUUCCAUCAGGGUGCUGGGGGGAGCUUGGGUGGUGUACCAGGAGCCUAACUACAGAGGGCCUCACUACGUCCUGGAGAAGCGAGACUAUAACAGCUCCUCUGACUGGGGAGGCCAGGGCAGCACGGUGGGCUCCAUACGCCGCAUCCGCUUCACCUAGCCCCGCCCCUCUAGCCCCGACCCUCACCCCCAGCCUUGCCCCUCACCCCCAGCCUUGCCCCUCACCCCCAGCCUUGCCCCGCCCCUC